AUGUCCGACGGCACCCCGGUCGACGACUACCUGAGGCAAAUCACCGACUUUGGAUCGCAACUUCGGUUGCAACAGGCGUCGCUGCAGCGGCUCCAGUCCGAUAUCGAUGCGUUGGCAAAAAACAUCAAUCUCUGUGUCAAGGAAGAUGGAUUUCAUAUCGAGCGCCGACCGACGCUACUGACGGCAAAGGAAUUGAAUAGCUUUGAGGACUCCAUAUCAUCCGCCAUCAAGGAGACUGGCAGCCCAUGCGACAGUGCCCAAAUCGAUUCCGAAAAUCAGCCGCAACUCAGCGAUGUCGCUCCUCCAGAGAUCGAGGGCCCGCGACAAAGUCGCGGCUGGACCCGGAGGACAUCGCUGCAGGUCGAGUCCUCUGUUGGGCGUGAGCCAAAAGGAUCGGAGCACGCAGAAGGCUCCGAAUGGCGCACGCGCAGGAGUAGCUUGGCCGCCAGCAUCCUCAGCACGCACCCGAAAAGCACACCCGCCAAGGACGAUAAACCCUUCGGAGGAAGCUCGGCGCUGUUAGGAUCUCGGGCAUCGAUAGGGCAGACACGGGGAUCGCUGACCAGCACAUCGGUGUCGGCGACGGGACAAGGCGAGGCUGGAGUGCGAUACGCAACCGUCCUGGAAGAUCGCGAUCUCGAACAGGGCACCUUCGUUCCGAGUAAACCGCACGAGGAUCAAGUCCAGCCAAGACGCCGGAAUUUGUUUGAGGCCCUCGCUCCGACCAAAACCAUACAGGAUGUCGAUCAUGAGGCAUCCGUGGAGGAGCUCGACCCCACAAGCGAAGGGCUCUCCAACACCGCGGACCAUCGCUCGGAUGAGCCGUUCCCCGAUGAUGAUGAUGAUGAAGAAGACGAUGGCGAGAAUACCGAUACCAAGUCGGAGAGUCAAGCCGGAAGCAACAACCAAAGUGAUGUGUCCCUCGAGCGGCAAAGCAAGCCAGAUCUGCGAUCCAAGUCAGGACUAUCCAGCCAUGCGCUCUCUGGAGCACUUGUGCCCGUGCCAACAUCACCACCAAAGCCACUGGAUGCUCCUCCGGCACAGCCAACGCCUCCGCCACUGAAAGAGACCAAGACCCGUCAAAAGCACCCACUCAAGACCUUUAUCUACAAGGAGUUCGUGGUGCCGCACUACUCGGAGUUUGCGGUCCCAUAUACGGCGACCGAGCUCAAGUCCAAGGUUGAAAGCGCCAUCCAAGCAGCCCCGAGAUUUCCCUAUAUUCACUGCAUGUCAUUUUUCCGCGUGUGCUGGGACUUUUUCUUGUCAUUGACCCACAUUCUGAUGGUCAUGAUCAUCCCGGUGCUAGUUUCGUUUGAGAAACUUGCCGCCGAUACCGAAUAUCUCAGCUUUGUGCUGACGGCCAUGUACUUUGUCGAUCUGCUACUCGACUUUUACACCGUUCAGCUUGUGGACGGAGUAGCGGUCAGCCUGGCCGAAUCGCGGACCAUGUUCAUCAAGCACAACCUGGUGUUGAGUCUUGUGACGAUGCUCCCAUUUGACAUCAUCCUAGAAAACACGAUCCAGAACGCAGACACGCUGCUGCUCCUCAAACUCCUCAAGAUCUUCCCGUUUUCCAAGAUCGUGAGCCAGAAUCCGAUCUAUCACGCUCUCUCGAAGGGAUUUCAGCGAAUCACCGGUGUUGGUGUGUCGUUUAUGAGCAUCUUCCUCUUCGGCGGACUGCUCUUGGUAUUCAUCCACCUGCAUGCCUGCUCCAUCUUCCUGAUGGGGCGGCUCAUGAACUACAGCACACCAACCUGGAACAACUUUGUCCCGAUAUUGAACAAAGACGUCGGAAGCCAGUAUACCUGGGCCGUGUUCACUGCCAUCAGCAACACAUUUCCGGUGACUGGGCCAUUCGACCCAGUUGAGCAGUGGGUGACGAUAUUUUCAGUCUUGAUCGGAGCUAUUCUAUACGCAUCGCUUGUGGGCACGAUUUCGUCCUUCAGCUUCGGACUGGACUCGUCAGGGAGAAUGUUUAAGCAAAAAAUGGAUGAGGUCAACGAGUACAUGACGUACAAAAAGCUCACGGACACGCUCAAGUCCAAAGUCAAGCAGUAUUACGAGCUCAAGUACCGCGGCAAGUUCUUCGAUGAGGUGUCGAUCAUGGACGACUUGAACGAGUCGCUGCGGCAGGAAAUAUCGAUUCACAACUGUCGCGACCUCAUCAAGAAAGUGCCGUUCCUCAACCGCAACGAAAAGGACGGACGGGAUGAAAUGUUCCUCGGACGCAUUGCCAAUGCUCUCAGAGCAAUGUACUUUAUCCAAGGGGACACCAUCUUUGAACAGGGAAGGGUUGGAAACGAAAUGUACUUUAUCCUGAGCGGAAACGUUGAUAUCGUGGUAAACGGAAACCCCGUCGGAUCACUCGGAGACGGCGCUUUCUUUGGCGAGGUAGCUCUGCUCGGCCAAGUGCCUCGGACAGCCACGAUUCGAGCCAAGACCAACGCCACCCUAUACUGCUUCGACCGAGCCGAUUUCGAUCCGAUCUUGGCCGACUUUGAGGACAUGGCUCUGCGGAUCAAACAGGUGUACCAAGAGAGAAUGCUCAAGAUCAAAAAGGAAAACGAGGAAAAGCUGCGCAAGCAAGAGGAGCUGACCAAGAUGCGGGUCCUUCCCCACAACUAGUUUGAUGUGGGACUCGCGCCCCCAGAGCAACCCCAGACGACUGAUGUUCAAGUCCGCAAGGGCGUGUCGCUUGUCGUUCCCCGACCGCUCCUCAGAUUGCGGGGCACAUUUCUGUGCUUGAAUUCAAUCUGGCGAGGGCUUCAUCCCCAGCCCAAACUCGCUCCGUAUCUUAUGUCUUGACCUGUGCCGCGCUGGAGAGCUGUC